AUGACAUCACCGCUGACGUCACCACCCCACCACCCCACAGGCGCCGGCGGCGAGGACUCGGCGGCGCUCAUGGAGCGUCUCUGCAAGUUCAUCUACGCCAAGGACCGCACGGAUCGCAUCCGGACCUGCGCCAUCCUCUGCCACAUCUACCACCACGCGCUGCACAGCCGCUGGUACCCGGCCCGAGACCUCAUGCUCAUGUCCCACCUGCAGGACAACAUCCAGCACGCCGACCCCCCCGUGCAGAUCCUCUACAACCGCACCAUGGUCCAGUUGGGCAUCUGCGCCUUCCGCCAAGGCCUCAUCAAAGACGCCCACAACGCCCUCUUGGACAUCCAAUCCUCCGGGCGCGCCAAGGAGCUCUUGGGUCAAGGCCUGCUCCUCCGGAGCCUCCAGGAGCGCAACCCCGAGCAGGAGAAGGUGGAGAAGAGGCGCCAGGUGCCCUUCCACAUGCACGUCAACCUGGAGCUCCUCGAGUGCGUCUACCUGGUGGCCGCCAUGCUCCUGGAGAUCCCUUACAUGGCGGCGCACGAGUUCGACGCCCGCCGCCGCAUGAUCAGCAAGCAGUUCCACCAUCAGCUCCGCGUGGGAGAGAGGCAGCCCCUGCUCGGACCCCCGGAAUCCAUGCGCGAGCACGUGGUGGCCGCCUCCAAGGCCAUGAAGAUGGGUGAUUGGCGGAGCUGCCAUCGCUACGUGGUCAACGAGAAGAUGAAUGGCAAAGUGUGGGACCUCUUCCCCGAGGCCGACAAGGUCCGCGCCAUGCUCGUCCGGAAGAUCCAGGAGGAAUCGCUCCGGACCUACUUGUUCACCUACAGCAGCGUCUACGACUCCAUCAGCAUGGAGAUCCUCUCGGCCAUGUUUGAGCUGGACCUCCCCACGGUGCACAGCAUCAUCAGCAAGAUGAUCAUCAACGAGGAGCUCAUGGCGUCCCUGGACCAGCCCACGCAGACGGUGCAGAUGCAUCGCACGGAGCCCACCCCCCAACAGAACCUGGCCCUGCAAUUGGCUGAGAAGUUGGGGACCCUCAUGGAGAACAACGAGCGCGUCCUGGACCACAAACAGGGCUCCUAUGGGGGGUACUUCCGAGACCAGAAGGACGGGUACCGCAAAGGGGAUGGAGGAUACCUGAGACGCGGCGGCUACCGGCAACAGGAACGAGGCUCCAACUACUGACCCAUAGCGCCCCAUAGCCUGCCCCAUAGCGCCCCAUAGCCUGCCCCAUAGCC